AUGGGUGGUAUAUUUAGUCUGUUUUCCCGACUGUUUGGAAAUAAAGAACGGAGAAUCCUCAUCCUAGGCUUAGAUGGAGCGGGGAAAACGACAAUUCUCUAUAGGUUACAGGUUGGUGAAGUGGUAACAACCAUCCCUACUAUUGGAUUCAAUGUAGAAACGGUUGUUCACAAAAACCUUAAAUUUCAAGUGUGGGAUUUAGGCGGUCAAACUAGUAUUCGACCAUAUUGGCGUUGCUAUUAUGCGAAUACUGAUGCUAUUAUUUAUGUAGUGGAUAGUAUGGAUAAAGAUCGAGUUGGAAUUUCUAAACAAGAAUUAUUUUCUAUGCUUGAGGAAGAAGAGCUUCGUGGUGCUGUACUGGUAAUAUUGGCAAAUAAACAAGAUAUAUCUGGUUGUAUGACUAUCAGUGAAGUAGCACAAUCACUUGGCUUAGCUGCAAUUAAGAAUCGACGUUAUCAAUUAUUUAAAACAUCUGCAUUAAAAGGUGAAGGAUUAGAAGAAGCCAUGGAUUGGUUAUCGAACACUCUGUGUACACAGAAAUGA